AUGUGCGGGCUUGUAAUCGGACAGAGAUCGAGCUACCCUAGGUGGGAAGGGGACAGGCCUGCGAACUGCACCGAUCAUACAGCAACCCAGCCCAGCCCUGGGGAUUCGGAACUAGUAAUACAACCACAAGACCGGAGGAACAAUACUUUGGAAGUAAGAUUAAGGCUUGGUGAAGAGGAGCUGUACAGAAAAGAAGACUAUACGCUCGAUCAAUACAGUAAUCCGUACCACCUCUACGCCAUUCAGAUUUUAGAUCUUCGUAAGUCUGGACAGCUCCCCAGACUCCCAUACAUUACCCUGGAAGAGAUCAAGGACAAAAGCAAGAGCGAUUCGAUGAUCCGCGUGAUCGCAAUCCUCCAAAUCCUCUGGACAACAAUCCAAAUUAUUGCAAGAGCCAUCCGAAACCUUGCUAUAUCUCAAUUAGAAAUUGCAGUUCUAGCCUUUGCGGUAUGCGCCAUUUUCACCUACGUGCUCAACUGGAGUAAACCAAAAGCCGUACAGGUUCCUUUUACUAUACUUCAGUAUAAUGAUAGUCCUCCAGCUCAAAUGCUCUUCAUUCUUACCAAAGAUGUCUUCUCUUUAUCAAACUGGUUCUUGGGCUUCAUGGACCCAGCUAAGGGUGAUGGCCUAAAGCUGGGAGCGCCACCGUUCAAUAGCAAUAAUCUCGACAAAGGGGAUGAUACAAGCGGUCUUGCAACGGUCAUAGGGAGUGUCGUUUUCGGCGGCCUACAUCUUGCAGCUUGGAACUUCGCAUUUCCGACAGAAAUCGAGAGGACGCUGUAA